GUAACACGGCGCCGAAGAGAUUUGGCACUGGCACUGGGGCCAAGCAGGCAGAGAAGAAAGCAAAGCAGACGCCGUUUGAGACGUCCCCAAGCAACAUGCGCAUGGCGCAGAUGCAGAUCAAGGAGCCAUUUCUAAAAUGGUUGCCUAUGGAGGAGCGGGACAUUAAGUUGAACAAGUAUGUCGGGGGCCGGUGCGAUUUUGAGGGAAUAGACUGGCUGCUGAGGAAGUGGGUCCUCCCCGCUUUGGACGUUGUAUGUGACACGUUUGGCUACGACAAAAUCAAAAGAAAUGCAGACAAGGCUCAGUAA